AUGCAUGGAUGCGGCAUCUCUCUCGAUAUCUGGGCUCAGCCUUGCUCGAAGAUGUCGUCCAACCGCCCAUCCCACAUCUCGUACAUGGAUUCAUAUUCGGCUACCUUCUCCGCUUGGAAGGUAGCAUAUAGCAGCAUGCUUCCUACCAGGAGCAUCCAGUCGAAGGACGGGCGAGAUAUGCCCCGCUUCCAACAAGAGUUCUCGAUGUUCCUUCUCAAUCGACCCGAACUAGCUAUUCAUUAUCUCUGUGAACUGCUUCGCAUUCGGAACGAACCCGGUGCGCCACCAACCGCUGAAUCUCACUUUGUCGAGGCAGUGUGUGCUGUCGAUGCUACGCUCUGGAUCUCAUUGAACUUUCCCGAGCACAACGAUGACGGUGUCCAAAGAACAAGGAAAAACUGGUCGUGCUGGCUUAGAGCGGGAUUGCCCGUGUUCUGCAAGGAAGCUUUCCAAGCUCCGGACUAUUUUGGUGCCGAAUCUGCACAGGCUUUGCCUGGCUGGCAGGUCAAUGUCAUCGUAAUACUCGCCGCCAUCCUCUCGCAGACCACCCCGCUAGAUUUGCCAUCCCACUCAAGCUUGAACAAUGUUGUUGCACUCGAUUUGCCACCCGAUGAAUUGAGCCGCGUUUUGGAUGAAACUCAUGCGGCCCAGGAUGCUCUAUGGCCCGUGUUCUGGAAGCGUCACUCUAUCUUUGAAGGAAAAGGAAUCAUACGUGAUACUGAGGUAUGCAUGAGCCAGAUAAGAACGACGGGGGAAUUGCUCUGUCUUUUGAGAUGUAAUCUGUACCAACAUUGGGCGGUCUCCCACUGUUAUGAUUUCCUGGAGGCGCCGACUACUGUCUGGCUACGGAAGAUCGCGUUACUGCUGUGGCUUCACAGUGACGAUGACGCGGACUCAGACGACAAUCCUGAGCCUCGAUGGGCUUUAUUACCCAGGAUAUUUGCUCCAUAUGUUCACGCUUACGAGCAAGAAAUCGACAUCGACCGUCCGGAGUUGGUAGCUUUCGUUUGUGAUGAGCUACUUUCUCGUCAGACUGCCGAAGCCUUCUUCCUGGGAGUUCGCGCUGGGCUAGGACAACGGCAGCUAUGGGGAUCUUCCCUCAAUGAUAUCAUGAUCAUCAUAUAUAUCCUCAUCACCAGCAGUACAACACUAUUGUCUUCGUGCGUGUCCGCGCGCGUCUUCUCGGAAGUCCCCUUGGCGAUAUACCGUCACGAGCAUAAUGCCGAGGGUGGUGAAAACAGGAAGAUCCCGCUUCAGCGGACGGUUAAAGCAUUUUAUCACGUAUUGCAUGGUUGUGCUACGAAGCUGGAAGCCGAUUCAGAUACGGGAUAUCUACUGAUCGAUUGCAAGUUCUUUGACGUGUACUACCGUACAACUGUAUCCAGUCUUUCCACGCAAGGCGGCGUCGACUGGGCCAUCGCAGCCACGAAAGGCAUAUCGGAAAUGGUACUGACACUGUGCUUCAGACACUUCGCACGCUAUCACGAACUCCAACAAGCCAUAUCUGCGAUGUGGUAUAGAGUACUCAAGCGCAUUCGCGACAUGUCUGCCGUUCGACCUGCGGACGAGUCGUUGCGCACUCUCAUCGUACUAUGGAGAGAAUUCGGAACCCGGGCGGAUCUGAACGAGAAGGCGGAGAGACGCGCAUACGAUGAUGCAAAGCUGGCGGCGCAGAAGUGCGCUUGGACUGCGUGCGAGUGGCACAAGACUCCCCCUUCUACAUCGACGCGUCUAUGCGUGGGCUGCGGUGAAGUGCGCUAUUGCAGUAAAGCGUGCCAAGUGAAAGAUUGGAAGGAAGGUGGACACAAGGCAAGAUGCAGGCGCCUCAAGGCACCCGCACCUGCAGGGUGA